UUCUAGUUAACAGUUUCAAAAAGUCGCAUUAGCUCCUUAAUGACACACAACCACACGUUUCUUGUCACUAAACCAAAAUUCUCAAUUCUCAAAAUUCGCAAAAAUCCCAAAAAUCCCACACAUCCCAAAACUACCAAAAAUCCCAAAGUUUUGAAAAACUCAGAAAUUUCGAAUCUGGACCGACAAAUUUGAUAUUUCAAAAUUUUAACACUUCGAAAUUCUCGAUCUACCAUAACACAUAAUGGCGAUACGAAUAUUAGAAUUCGUAUAGAAUUAGGAUUAAGACAGCUCUGUACAGGUACUACACAAACAGUACCAGCAAGGUCAACCAAAUCAAGGCCAAAAGUCGGCAACAACAAACUACAUUGGCCAACAGGUAACUACGUCCACUGAUGAUCGUCAACAACCGCAGGUAACACAGCCAUCAACAUCAAUAGAUGUUUCAUCACGACCAUCAACAUCCACAGAUCCUCAGUUAGACGAAACAAUUCACGAUGAGAAUGAUUUAUAUGAUGCUGAUACAGAUUUAGAUUUUUCAUUAUCCGAAGUAGAAUCAACACGAUCUCAUUCAUCAAGAACGAACGCAAAAUAA